AUGGCCGAGCUCCCUUCGAAGGUGCACCUCACCUCGCACCCCAUCUUCCUGAGGCGUGGGCCCUCGGUGUAUGAGGAUGAGAACGAUCGCACAUGGUUGCACCUCGUCAUGGAGACAGAAGGUGUCCUGCAAGUACGGUUGCGCCAGGAAGACAUCCCCAGUGAAGAUAUCGCACUCACCACCAGCCCACUGACCUCGAUCACCAUGCCUUUGAUUUGGACGCUUCACGCUGGCAGCCAGUACCUGGACUGCAGGUGCUGGUUCUGGAGCAUCGUCCACCAUAUCAAGGAGAAUGGCGUGGAGGAAAUGAUUCUUUAG